AUGGACGACAAGCGUAUUUCCUCGACGGAAGCCUCGCCUGUCGCCCUAAACGAUGCCCCUCAAGAUUCGGAGUCCCGAGACUGCAAAAUUCCCAAAUGUCACCCGGAGAAACGCGACGAAGCAGGCACGCAAGAAGUAAUCGGAAAUGUACCCGCGAUUUACAUUGAGACGUCUGAGGAGGACGACGCAUCCGAAGGAUUGUCGGGCGAUGUCGAGCGAUUGGAGAUUCAACUUCCACUCGCGACAGAUUUAGAAUCGUCCAUCGACCGUGGAAAAGAAUUCGCAUCCAUUCUUCACGAUCGCGCCCAGAGGCUCUUGUCGGAAAUGACGAGCCUUCGGGAAAAACUGGACGAGGAGGCGGCUCUUUGGAAAAAAGAGAGGGAAGAGUUUCAGCUUUCACGUGAGAGAAGCGAUGCCAUUGCGUUUGAAGAGGCAACCGCGGCCGCGCGGGCCGCAGCCGCGGCUUAUGCCGUUGAAUCGCCGCUCUCGAGCGACCUGGAUAACAUCGUUGACAUUACGCCGGAGCGCAGCAUCAGGGAACUCGCGAUACUCGAGUACGAAAAGAAUCUCGCCAAGUACCAUGACCGACACUCCUUCGAGCAAGCCGAGCAACGUUACAACUCGUAUAAGCGCGUGCUCGUCGACGCCUACAGGCAAAAGCUGUCGGAGGUCGAGCGCCUCUGCGACGAGGAAUUGCAGAACAUUCAACAGAACGCGAGCUGCCUGCAGCCGUUCAAGGAGAUCGUCUCGCAGUGGUCCGUCGACGAGAACGGUCAUGGUGAUUCACAGCGCGGUUACGACGAUCCACCCGAGUUCACAGAAUCAUCCAAAAUCGUCGAGACUAGUCCAAGCAAUGAUUGGUGCAUAUACGGGAAGGUCGACAACGAAGUCAACAUGAUCCCGGAAAUUUUAUCCGCCCGUUUCAAACGGGAGGAAGCCAUAUAAGAGCACGCUACCUCAUU